AUGGAAAUUAAGUUUGAUUGUGUUAACAUUCUCACUACUGUUGCAGAUGCCCCUUGGAUUAUCACCUCUUUCAUAGAUGAGUUGAGGCGUCUUAUACUUCUCCACAAGGAUGAGUCCCCAAUCGUUGGUGUUGAUGUUAAGUUGGAUCCAAAUUCUACCAGCAACCUUCACUACAAGGCUGCAGCAACACUGCAAUUAUGCUAUCGUACUCAUUGCAUAAUCAUUCAACUGCUUCAUUUGGAUGUAGUCCCACCUGCACUUAAAACUUUCCUACUUGAUAAGAAAAUUAGAUUUUCGCGUUACGAUGUUAGUGGUUGUUUUGGUAAGCUUGAACGUAGCUAUGGAUUUUACCUCAAUUAUGAUUUUGAUUAUUCAUUUACGGGUACGAAAGACUCGAUUGGUUUGGAGCAGAAAGUCCGUACUGAAUUGGGGUUGAACAUCGAGAUACCAACGACUGCAAGUAGCUCUGUUUGGGGUGCUAGGAACCUAACCGAGGAACAAAUCAAGUAUGCAGCAAUCUGUGCCUAUGCUGUUGCGAUGCUGGGAGUGAAGAAGUGUAGGGGUGCGUUUUAA